CUGGCCUCGGAUGUUUGCCCAUCGAAUGUGCCGACUCCGCUUUCUUAGCCGGGACGUGUUUCUGACUCUUCGAUAUGAAGUCAGGACACAUUUCGAGCUCAGGAAUCCACGGAGGUGCUCAACAAGUCAUGCCUACUGAGGCUCUAGUCUGGAGAUGGAGACUGUAACGCCACGAACUAGCAAGUCUCGUCAGCGAGAUACCGACGGUACUCGGGUUGAGAGAAAGAGGAUCCAAGACCGACUUGCACAACGGGCCACCCGCGAGAGGACCAAAAAUCGCAUUGCAUUUCUCGAACAGCGCCUUCAGAGUCUCGAAGCUAGCGACAAGCAAGGAGAAAUUUCCAGUCUGACGCGAAUCAUCGACGAUCUUCGGAACGACAACCACCGUCUCCGUAAUGCCUUGGUCAAGAUCCGUACGGCUGUUGACCAGACUGUCGCUACCACGGAGCGGGAGGACCACUGCGAUGGCCGGAAAUCGCGGAAAGCAUGUGGGUGCAGCAUAGACUUGAAUUGCAGCUGUCGGAAAAUCUUUAGGUCGACCUCGCCGACCGAUUUGGAGCAUGCGGGCCCAUCGGCGCCUAACAACCAAGGCAAACGUCACGAUUCAACGUCGACGGAGGCUUCUGAUGUGAGUGAAGUCGUCCAGGGCAAUCUUGGUCUCUGUCAGCCGGACACGGUAGGCGGGCUGAACGGUCUUGAAACAUUCUUUGACUUCAAUCCGGACGCUCUGCUCGAAAUGUUUGAGAUGGGCACUACAAGUCCCAAUGCUUGGGAUCCUGCAACGCCUUCGCCAUUUGACUUUCGCCUUCCCGCGUCGGAGACAGUCAAGACUGCACCAGAUGUGGAUAAGUGGCACGUAUCAAAUGGCGCUUUCAUUCACGCCCUCAAUUCGGUCAAGAAACGCGCCGUAUCAAACCUUCACCUCGAUCUGCAUGUGCCCUUCAAAGCAGCGAUCUGGGGCUGGGACAACGUGGGUUCUGAGGCACAACAUCCAGUUUGGCGUGCAUUGCGCCAGGUCGAUCAGAGAGUGUUCGGCUCAUGGAGGUCGAAAGCGCAAAGGAUUGCCCUCAUGUAUGUGUGUCAGACGUUGAUUCAGUAUCGUGAAAACCCAACCAGGGAAAAUCUAGCUCGAGUCCCCCAUUUCGUCCGACCGAGACCGUCUCAAGAAACGAUCCAACAUCCAGCUGUCAUAGACUUUCUCAUAUGGCCAGGCCUCCGUGACCGUCUUGUCUUCGAGCAUAAAAAGUACACUGCCACAGGGUCCUUCUCUGCAGCAUUCGUCGAGAACUUCAACUUCUACUGGCCAUGGUCCGAUCGCGACAUCUUCGUUCAUGAUCCUGUCACCGACCGGUACGAGGUAUCGAAGGUAUUCCUGGAAUACGUAUACAACUUCAAGAAUUGGACCAUGAAGCCCGGAUUCUUCCAGAAAUUCCCAGAGAUGCAACAUGAUAUCGCCAUGUUUGAAGAGCCGCCGAAUUUUCCUGGAGCCGUCUGGACGGUGUGAAUGAAUCGCAGAGGAAAAGCUUCUGGAACCCCCCGUAAAGACGCUCCCAAAAGUCCAAAAGUCACACCGCUUCCGGCGGCUGUACGCCCUCAAUGUAGGAAAACGGGUGACAAGGCCGGACCACUGCGGUUUUGGGGCAUCGGGUUUGCGAACGUACAUGGGUGCCACUCUGACGAGCAUCAUUUCACGCUCGAUAGUCCGCUCCUAUGUCUACAGUCUCUUUCAUGAGGUCAACUCACACCGAAGGCCGUGGC